AUGACUCAGAAGCGUAGAAAUCAUGGUAGAGCUAAAAAGAACCGUGGCCACACUCGAGCGAUUAGAUGUGAAAAUUGCUUUAGAUGCUGUCCUAAAGAUAAAGCAAUCAAACGUUUCCAUAUAAGGAAUAUUAUUGAUACUGCAUCUCUUGAUGACGUCAAACAAGCUUCAGUUUAUGAAGACUUUGAAGUUCCAAAGUUCUACUACAAGUUGGAGUAUUGUAUCUCUUGUGCGGUUCACCAACGUAUUGUGCGAUCGCGUUCAGCUGAGGACCGGAAGGACCGAAGUAAUCCGUUCACGAAGAAGAGGCAGCAGUUGUUGAAUGCAACUGCCUAA